AUGAAAGAAGAAAGCAAUUAUUCUCAAAGUCCAUUUAUUAAACUUUUUGAUAAAAAUAGAACAUUUUAUUGUAAUAUUAUUAAAGAAGGAACAUAUCCACUUUCUAAUCAAUGUUAUUAUACAAAAUACUCUAAACAUCCAAUUCCUAAUAAUUAUAUCAUUAAAACUCAACAUGGUAAAGCAAAACAUCUUACAAAAUGCCCUAUACAAUACAAAAAUAAAAAGCCACAGUUUAUUAUUCAGUUUGGAUUAAAUUUUACAUCAAAAAAGCUAAAUAAAAUAAAAGCGCAAACAAAUACAAAAACAACUAAUAGAAAUAAUAAAAUUUCAAAGAUCUCUGGACCUUUAUUGUUUGGUUUAACAUUACUUAGUGUUAAAAAUAUACACCAAACUUUAUCACUUGAUUGUAAUCCAAAAAUUCAUCCUUUUAAAGAUCUUAGUAAUUUAACAAAAUGUGAAAAUGAACAAAAAGAAGCAAUUGUAAAAUCAUUGGAUUGUGGACAAAUAACAAGAGAUGCUUAUCAAUCAUUAGCACGAAUUGAGUAUGAAAUUCCACGUGAGGGUGCUGUAUCUGAUAUAAAGCAAAAAAUAAAUUUAAAAAUGAAAAAGCAAAUUCCACUUUCACUCGUAGAUAUUUUGCAACCAAUAGUUUUUGAGGAAAUUGAAAAUACACCAGAUAUUAUUAAUAAGAUAUU